AUGUCGGACAUUGAGAAGUCGUUCACGUAUCUCCAGGACAACCUACCGCAAUGGCUGCAGGAUAUUGCCAAUGUCGAAGAGAAGGUCACAGCCAUGCAAGAUGAAAACACAAAAGUACCCAUAUCACAGUCGCCGUUCGGGAAGCGCAGGACAGACUCAACCGCAUCCAUACGCCCAGCACUGGACGCCAUCGCAGAGGACGCAGCACCGUCGAAUGCAACCCCUACAGACGCCGUUGGAAGCCGCAAGCGCAAGUCUCUGUCCGUCUCGUCCGGUCGCGUGUCUGGCCCCUCCCGCCAUCGCCCACGAACAAUGGUCGUUGUGAGCUACGAUGGUGAUAUGCAAAAGUCUUUCGAGUUGUUGGUGCGAGCAAUAGGAACAGGACGCAACAUGCUGCGAAAGGCCAAGAUGGAGGCUAGGAUGAAUGAAAUGGCCACGCAGGCAGAGUCGAGUGAAGAGGACGACGACGACGUGGGCGACGAUGACGAAGAGGUCGACCUAUCCAAGGUCAACUACCGAGCGCGCAUGUCAUCACUACGCGCAAGGUCAGCAGCCAGGAGAAGCGGGCGACUCGGGGUCAGCAGCGGAGUAGAGACACCUGCGGUGCUGUUUGAUACCUCCGACAAGACAUUGGAACAAGCCCAAGAGCUGUGCGAAAAGGCAGCGCACCUCACACUACGCGACGGCGACUGCCGAAAAGAGCUGGAAGGAGUACGGAAGAACUUUGAGACUAUGUUAGAGACGGCCAAGGCUGAAGUCGAGAAAUGUAACGCACGCAAGGCACAACAUCCACCUGAGCUACAACCGCACGAGACCUCCGACACAUCCAUGUCUUCCUUGGAACCCGAGAUGCUGUAUAGAAAAGACACGCCACAAGACGCACUACCACUAUCUGAACUGGAUACCCGACCGAAGACUACACUACCCCAAGAGCCCACUGCUGCGCCUCAACCCCUCAAGAUUGUCGACAUCGAGGUUGAUCAAGACGACGACGACGAUUUCGUACUGCCGCCCGUCCGGCUAACAUCGCGACUCAACCGGCGAGACUAA